AGACAAUUCAGACAAUUCAAUGCGCUGUCAACUACGAUCACGUGCAAGAGUUAUGAGCCCGGCCUAACCACCAAAGUAGCUUCCGCAACAGCAGUUUGCAGCACCCCUCUCGAAGCUCGUGAUCUUAGCAAACAAAGCCCUCAGUCCUCGUUCAGUCCUUCAUUCAGCCCUUCGUCAAGCCAGUCAGUAGGCUAAGUCAACAAUGGCCUCUGUAACGACCACAACCGCCUACAAGCCCACUCUAACGCGCCCGUCAGACUGGCCCGCCUGGUACAACAGCCUAAAGAAGGUCGCCAACGACAGAGAGCUCCUUGACACCGUCGACAUCAAUAACAACGACUGGCUUCCUCUCAUCAAGCAAAUGCAGUCCUGGCGUUCGUUUGAGUCAGAACGACGCGAGAAGAAGUCCUACGAAAGGGAGAUUGACCUGGUUCGAGAGGUCAAGGAAUGGAUUCGUACGAACACUGCAGCCACGUACAUGAACCUCGCUGAAUCCGACAGAGCGACCCUGAAGGACAUCGUCUGUUCUCAGGAAGCCCGGAAAGUCGUUGUCACCCGCCAGGUGGCUCUUGCAGUGGCAGGAACAUACAACGCCAACUGGAUGAACACAGUGGUAAUGAAGAGCGCAGAGGCUGAGCUGAAGGGCUCUGAGCAAGACCUGCCCUAUUACGCCAACGCAUUCAGGCUGGUCUGCGAAGUUGAACCAAGCAGGUCCAACAGCGCCUUCUCUACCUUCAACGGCAAGCCAGAGGGCGAUCGACCAACAUAUACAUGCCCUUGUCGACCCGAUGCCGCAUUCCACAAGCCAGAGAAGGAAGAAGGGCAAGCACCAGAUCUCGCAGAAAAGGCUCGACUAUGCCCGGGAGCAGUUGAAGAAGCCUUAGUGGAAAGACCUGGCCGAGAAGAUCAAGAACGGCACCACCGAAGAGAAGAACGACUGGUCAAAACCGCCACCAUGAUCACUAUGAUCAACGCUCUCAACUACGGCCCUCACCCACUCUCACGAUCUGUCAUCUUUGAUACAGGGGCCUCGAUCCAUGUUGUCAACUCGAAGGCGAUGCUCGUUCCCGGUACGUUCACGCCCUCUACGGGUGAUGAUUCCGUUCAGGUCGGAGAUAGCCACCUGGCCAUUGACGGCAGGGGCACCUGGGUCAUCAAGAAGAUCCUCAACGGCCCUGAAGGAAAGAAUACGCUUGACCUCACCCUCAGCAAUGUGGCUGUUAUUACGGGAUUCCACGUCAAUAUCGUCUCUUCCGUCAUUCUCAAGCGUAAGGCCGAUAUGUGGUACCACGGCUUUGACAAUACAGUCAGAUUCGGCCCGUCGGAAAGGAAUAAGGUUAUCACAUCACUGAUAGUCAUGUACGACCUUCUGGUCAUUCAAUAUAACGAUAUUUCCUCGUGCUUUACAGUCCUCAAGUCCUCGUUGCCCAAGAACUUUGCCUCUUGGCUCACACACAAGUACUUCACCAACAGGUCACACAACGAACGCCGCCUUCUCCGGAUCCCUGCCUUUACGGGCAGCACCGCUGUCAUCUUGUUGGGUCUCAAGCUAGUCUUUGGGUUGGAGCUUGAGCUAUUCGUCAAGCUCAAGGAUCAGCAUGUCGAAGCUCUCAAGAAAAUGCUUAGAGAAGCAGGAGCACAUGGAAAGCCCGCAUCGCUCCCCAAGCCAUUUUGCUCUUGGGACUUCUCACUCAGCAGCCGUACUCGCUCUGAAGUCGGCGAUGAAAUGCACACUGCCCAGGAAAACCAGCGGAGACGUGUGAGGCGCGCCAUCGAGUUCUACAUGGCGACGAAAGACACCAAGAUUGGCUCAAGCGAGGGUAAUGGAUGGCUGGUUAUGGACGAACCGGCCUUGGAGGAGGAAGGGUCGAAGGGACCGGCAACUUCUGGCGUGUCGAAAUCGUUUCUCCCCCGAUGCGCCUCGUACCAUUAGAAGGACGACCUAAGGGACAUCGUCUAUGAGGCCAUUGCCCGUGUUUUCGACAUAAAGGUAACCAAUGGGUGUUCACACGAGAGGUGAGAAAUUGUAGAUCGUUUUACACACAAAUUGACAUGAGCGAGUGAAAAUGUCCCGACACACCAAAAACGGUGGUACUCCAUCAAUCAAGGCUCAUGGAAGAGAGAGC